AUACUUCUUUGCUGGUGGUUGGUCUGCACCUGUAAUUAACAAGUUUAAGUCAGGAAUUUUUAUUUUUAUUUUAUUUAGUGACUGUAAUAAAUUGAUUCUGUGUGAAUUAAAUCUUGGGCCAGCAAAGGUUGAAUAGACUUCGUCACACCGCUGCACCGUCAACUAACCGCCCUCCCUUAUUUGUUUACAUUUUCCUACAAGUAGAACCUUGUCUCAACCCUACAAAAGAAGAAGAACGAUUUGAAGCUCUGUAGAGUGAACAUCAACUCUCGAGUGUAGUGAAAAUCUAAAGCCUUACUGUAUGGACUCUGAUCCCAAUUUGGAUUCAGGAGAAGAUCCUGAAUGAGCCCAGUAUAUGGAUCACGAUAACCAAACAAAAAGAACCAGAGAAGAACUAGAAAGGGAUAACGAAGAAAAGAUCAAAACAACCGAAAAGCAAAGAAGCCGGAUGGGAAACACCGGCAGAACCCCAACCAACAAGUAACAACUUAACAAAUAUGGAGAAACAAGAAGCCUAGAAAAAGAAGAUCCAGGGGAUAUAGACAACAGUCAUCUAAAACCCUAUAACAAGAAAGAAGAAGAAGAACCUUGUCUCACAUUAGAGGUUCAUACUUCAGAGGCAUUCUAGGCAUCAUUUAGGGAAGCUGAAAGUUUUGAGUUUAUUUCUUCUCAGAAAGCAUCUCUCAAGGACAAGAUGGGGAAGGCAGAGAAAGGAACACCAAAGGACCUGGCCAAUAAGAUGAAGGCCAAGGGUCUUCAGAAAUUGCGGUGGUAUUGUCAGAUGUGUCAAAAACAAUGUCGUGAUGAAAACGGAUUCAAGUGCCACACCAUGUCCGAAAGUCACCAACGACAGCUCCUCCUUUUUGCUGAAGAUCCUGACAAGUACCUUGACAGCUUCUCAGAAGAGUUCCUUGAGGGAUAUGAAAGUCUUCUGAAGAGAAGGUUUGGCACAAAGAGAGUCCAUGCCAAUAAUGUGUACCAAGAAUACAUCCAAGACAGGGACCAUGUGCACAUGAACGCCACAAAAUGGGAAACUCUCACUGAUUUUGUCAAGUGGCUCGGGCGAGAAGGACGCUGCCUUGUGGAUGAAACUGAAAAGGGAUGGUAUGUGGCAUACAUCGACAGGGAUCCUGAGACCAUCCGAAGACAGAAACAAAUGGAGAGACGUGAGAAAUUUGAGAAAGAUGAAGAGGAGAGAAUGCAAGAGUUUAUCAACCGACAAAUUGAACUAGGUCGGGCUAAGCAGGGUGAAGAAGAGAAGGAAUACAAGGAAUUGCAACGAGAGAAUGAAGAUGAAGUGAUAUCCUUAGAUAUGAAGCUUCCUUGCUCAUCUAAGACACUAAAGGGAAGUAGCUUGAACAAAAAUGUUUUAAUGGCAGCACCAAAAAGCAAGCCAAAGGUAGAGGAGAAAGUCAGAAAAGACAUAAAAAAGAGAACAGCUCUCGAUGAUAUCAUGAAAGAGGAAAUAGAGAGUAAAAAAGUAAAGGAACAAAUAGCAGCCAAAAAAAACAAAGUUGAAAAAGAAGAAAAGUCUGAGAUACCUUGGUUAGCUAAAGGAAUUGUAGUCAAAAUUGUUACAGAAGAACUAGGCUCCAAAUAUUAUAGAGAAAAAGGAGUUGUUCGAGAUGUGAUUGAUGACUAUGGUGCGAUAGUGAAGUUAUUAGAUACUGGCGCAAAGAUUAAGCUUGAUCAAAUGGCUUUAGAGACUGUAAUCCCCUCACUUAAAAGGAAAGUACUGAUUCUUGCUGGCAAACACCGUAAGAAAGAAGCCGUGCUUGAAAGCAUCCAGGAGGACUCUUUUAGUGCCACACUAGUUUUGGAUGAUGGACAGAUAUUAACAAAGAUCCCUUAUGAACAUUUUAGUAAGUUAUACACUUCCUGAUCAGCUGGAGAGGAUUUUGUAUCCUGGUCUAAAUAUACUUGCAGAUUAGAACUCUUAGGAUUGGUAAAUCUAUAUUUUUAUUCAGCAUAAAGUUGCUCUUAAUGUAAGAAAUUAAAACUAUUUCUAAAUAAAGGAUUAUAAUGGUUUCACGGCAAUAUUGACUAACUUGCGAAAUUGCCUAUUACAAGUACAAUUUUGUAAUAUAUACUUCAAAAUAUUUUUAGAAUUUUAUUUAAGCAUGUUUUUCCCCACAAUAUGAAAAUUGAAAGUGAUUGAAAUACAGUAUUGUAAAUUAUUCACUCUCAACUGAUUAGUGAAAUACAAUAGCUUGGUCCACUUUGCUAGCAGAGCCAUCUAUGUGCAGAAACAUUUUGCAAAAAUUAUAAAAAAUGAGCACAGCA